AUGUCAAAUAUAUUAGUAUGUACUGGAUGUCAAGAGAAAUUCGAUAAAAGAGAACUAAUCGAAGGCAGAGAUCACGUUUUGUAUUGUGGGAAUUGUUUUAAAGAUGUUUAUUGUGCAGCUUCCGGAGACUCCAAAUCAAAAGAAACAUCCGAUUUACGUGAAAAAAUCAUUCCAUAUCCAGAAAUAUUUUCGUAUAAUAAGAAGAGAUCUUUUAUCGCUGAAAGUUGUGUUACCAGUAGCUCCAGUACUAUAUCCCUUUCUAAAAAGCCUCUCCAGUGUCCGAAAGCAAGUUGCAGCAAAUUUGUCUCUCUAUUUACUCUAGAAUCCCAUUUUAGAUACGAACACAAAGAAAUACCGAUAGUGAUAACACAAGUGGACGCCCGCAGCGCGCUGGAAUUUUAUCUGAAAGACAUUCCAGACAACGUUACUCAAUGCGUUGCUCUGUUUAAUAUCAUCGGCUACGAUUUUUCCACUAUACUUCCGCAAACUAGUCAAAAUAGUACUACACUUUUACAAAAUUCAAAUGCAAAACCAAUGAUGGUAUUACUGGCUACGAGAAUUACAAAUUCGGAAAUAAGUUUAUUCGAUGAAAAUGUUACAUGUCAGAUUACUGAGACUCUAGAUGGAUCAAAUACCACUCUGGCUUAUGAGGAAGACAACAAUUUAACUAGCCCAUUGGAUAGGAUUGUAAUAUGGAUGUCUUCCAAUAUAUUAACCAACCUAAACUACACAGUUGCUGCAUCCACGCUUUCGAAUCAAAUUAGACAGAAAUACUUCGGACCCAUGCUGCUACUCGGUGAUAUUCCAAUGGAUAUUUUCAGAAACGGAACGUGUCUGAUACUCACCCAUCAUCAUCUAUCGGAAAUGACUAGAAGCGGAAAUGAACCACUGGCUUUGGAUGUCGUUAUACAUAGUCCAGACUAA